AUGGGCCCUGCAUGAGAACCCUGUGCACAGGAAUGGCCUCUUCCUUAUCAGGCAGGAUAGUUCUUAAUAUCCUCGUGAUGGGCAGAAAGACACCGACUGACGUCCUUCAGGGACUGGAGGAUCUUGCAGAGCAAGACUUUAAAAAAUUUCGACACACAUUGUCUGAGUUUGACUUCGAUGACAAACCCUCAAUCCCCUGGUGUAAACUGGAGAAGGCUGAGAGGAUAGAUGUUGCAAGACUCCUGAAAGAAUGCUAUGGUCAGAAAAGAGCAGUGGAUGUAGCUAUCAAAAUCUUCACUAGCCUCAAUCUCAACAACUCUGCCAGGAAACUCAAACAGGAAAAAGAUACAGCUUUGGGCCCCCUGCAAACAUCUGAAAGAUCAGCAAAUGCUUACAGGGUGAAGUAUAGAGAACAUAUAAAAAACAAAUACAGCGCAAUAAAAGACAUGAAUGCUCGUCUUGGUGAGAAUGUGAAGCUAAACAGCAGAUACACAAAGCUGAUCAUUGUAAAAGAACAUCGUCACAAAACGCAGAGGGAACAUGAAAUAAUGGCCUUGGGACGGAGACAUGCAGAAAUCAUGACUGAGCACGCUACUCCUAUCACCAUAGGUGAUUUUUUUGAAUCUGAUGUAAAGGGACAGUCACCACAAAUUGUCGUGCUGCAGGGAGCUGCAGGGAUUGGAAAAACCCUGACAGCAAAAAAAAUCAUGUUGGACUGGGCAAAUGAAGAACUGUAUCAGAGCAGGUUUGAUUAUGUUUUCUACAUAAAUUGUAGAGAAAUUAACUUUGUGAGAGAGCAGGGAAGUGUUGAAGAUUUGAUUUUAAAGAAUUGUCCUGAUCAAAAUGCACCAACUAAAGAGAUUCUGAUGACUCCAGAAAAACUCCUGUUCAUAAUUGAUGGUUUUGAUGAACUGAGAUUUUCCUUUAAUCAACCAACAAGUAAUCUGUGCGCUGAUCCCUGUGAGAAGCAGCCAGUGGAAAUCAUACUGAGCAGUUUAUUUAGGAAAGAAGUGCAUCUCAAAUCUCACUUAAUAAUUACUACAAGACCAAUUGCCCUGCAGAAACUCGGGCAAUGUUUGAAAGAUGAAUGUUAUGCUGAGAUCUUGGGAUUUUCUCAAAAUGAGAGAAAAGAAUAUUUCUACAAGUUCUUCGGGAAUGAAGAACAAGCAAGAAAAGCCUUUGACUUUGUAAAAGACAAUGAAAUGCUCUUCACCAUGUGCUUUGUUCCUCUUGUGUGUUGGAUCAUCUGCACAGUUCUGAAACAGCAGAUGGAAGCAGGUGAAGAUCUUGCACGAACUUCCACUACAAUCACUGGAGUGUACAUGAACUAUCUCUUCAGCUUAUUAAAGGGUCACAGCAGCAAUUCAGAGAAACAGAUACAAGGUAACUUAAAUGGACUUUGCUCCUUGGCUGCAGAUGGAAUCUGGAGGAAGAAUAUACUGUUUGAGGAAGAAGAUGUCAAGAAACAUGGCUUAGAUAAACCUGAUUCCCUCUUUCUGAAUGAGAACAUGUUUCAAAAAGGUAUUGACUGUGAGUGUGUUUACAGCUUCAUUCACUUGAGUUUUCAAGAGUUUUUUGCAGCUUUGUUUUAUGUGUUGGAGAAAGAAGAAACAGUGGAACAUGCAGAAACUGCUAUACAACCUGUGGAAAAAUUGUUUGAAAAGUGUGAAAAAUCUAGGAAUAAUUUAAUGUUAACAGUACGAUUCCUAUUUGGCCUCUUAAAUAAAAAGAGAAUGGAGGAGAUAGAGAAAAAUCUUAGCUGCAAAAUUUCACCCAAAAUUAAAAAUAAUUUACUAACAUGGGUUAAAGAACAACUCUUUUCGUCAUUGUUAAACUAUGAUAAGUUGUCCUCUGAUGAGGAAAUAACAAUUUCCUAUUUUGAGUAUUUUCACUGUUUGUAUGAAAUUCAAGAAACCGAAUUUGUGCAGAGUGCAAUGAAUCAUUUCACUGAGCUAAAAUUAAUUAAUCAUACCUUUACCAAAAUGGAUCAAAUUGUUCUUCAAUUCUGUAUAAAGAAUUGUUGUAAACUUGAGUCACUUUGGCUAGAGAACUGUGUGUUUCUAAUGGAAGACCUGAAAGAAGAUUUCCCAGGAGCAUGCAAGUGCCCAUAUUGGGCACAACAUCAGGAUGAAGCACAUCAUUCAUCUAUUUAUCUGUUCUGUGAAGCAUUGAGGGCUUCAAACUGUAAUUUAAAGACACUAAAACUUACUGGAUGCGAUCUUACAGACACUUGUUGUGGGGAUCUCUCCUCUCUUCUCAGUGCCAAGCAGACCCUGACACAGUUGGACCUGAGUAUUAACGACCUGGGAGGCUCAGGAGCUAGGCUGUUAUGUGAUGGACUGAAACGCUCAAACUGCAAACUGCAGAAACUGAACUUGGGGGGCUGUCAUCUCACAGAUGCUCACUGUGGGGAUCUCACCACUGUUCUCAGAACCAGCCAGAGCCUGGCAGAGCUGGACCUAAGUAGUAAUUAUUCUCUGGGAGAUGCUGGAGUGCGGCUGCUGUGUGAGGGACUGACAGACCCGAGCUGCAAACUACAGAGACUGAGCUUGGUGAGUUGUCAUGUCACACGUGGUGGCUGUUGGAAGCUCGCUGCUGUUCUCAGAACCAACCAGAGCCUGACAGAGCUGAAGCUGAGUUGUAAUAGUCUGGGAAGUGGUGGUGUGCGGAUUCUAUGUAAGGGACUGAAACACGCAAACUGCAAACUGCAGAGACUGGACUUGGGGCCUUGUGAUCUCACAGCUGCUGGCUGUGGUAAUCUUGCUGCUGUUCUGAGAACCAGCCAGAACCUGACAGAGCUGGAUCUGAGUGGCAAUAAACUGGGAGAUGCCGGCGUGAAGCUGCUGUGUGAGGGACUGAAACAAAACUGCAAAUUACAGAGUCUGAACUUGUGGGAAUGCGGUAUCACAGCCGCUGGCUGUGGGGAUCUCGCUGCUGUUCUCAGAACCAGCCAGAGCCUGACAGAGCUGGAGCUGGGUCAUAAUUAUCUGGGAGAUUCCGGAGUGCGGCUGCUGUGUGAGGGACUGAAACAUCCGCACUGCAAAUUAGAGAGUCUGUGUUUGGGUGAUGACCACUUAACUCCAGUAAUGCAGGCAGAGCUGGAUGCUGUGGAAAAGAUAAAAUCUGAUUUCAUCAUAAAGAAGUACCCAUAUGCCUGAGUGGGAGCCACUGCACCAACACGGCUCUGGCCUGGCUGUCCUGCCACUAGCUGGGUCAUCAGCCAGGGACAGCUGAGGAUCUGGCUCACUUAAAAGGGAUCCCACCGUCUCCAGGGACUCCAGCAUCAUAUUUCAGCAUCUGUGGCAGGGGCCUGGGUAGAUAUUGUCAGGCCCAACCCUCCUGUCUGAGGGCAAGAAACUCAGAAGUAGGAGCUGGAUUUGCUCUAUGCUUGGCCUGCCCUUGGAGGGGGAGAUGAUUUGGGGGGCAGGGUGGAGCAGGAGGAAGAAGGAGGGCAGUGUAUAGGGGAGGGAGAGAUGUGGGAUUAUGAGAUGGAAGGGUCUGUGUCAGUGCAGGGGGGUGAUCCAAGAACCAUCCUUGGAGCCAGUGGAUUCUGUUCCAGUAGCUCAGUCAUUAUUUGUUGCAUGUUUCUUCUCCUAAUCCAAUCCCCUCCCUCGCACAGCGCCCAAUUGCACACAAUUCCCCGGCCAUUAAGGCGAUAUUCUGUGUCCAUCUCCAGGAUUUGUUUAUGCCAGAUGGAUGUUUCUGUGUCAGUUUUGCUGGAGUCCAAUAAAGAUCAUGAAUCAAGAACUAA